AUGCCAAGUGGAAAUCUGAGCUUAGAUCAGGACUAUGAAAUACAAAAGAACGAGCUGGAGGCAAUCAGAUGCAUUUAUAUGGACGAUUUUGUUGACAAGACGACCGUAAAAUCUUCUUGGGAUAAGAGACCUCUCAUCGAAUUUCAGAUUUCGCUGAGAUCCACAAAUCAACAACCUGCCGAGUCGUCCCUGACGUUGAAUAUAACUUUACCAGCCAACUAUCCUCAACAAGCUCCUAUAAUCAAAUUUGAAAAUGUCAAGAACGUCCUGGGUAGCUAUUUGACAGCCCUUCAAGACGACAUUAAAAGCAUACAUAAGCGUUCCAAGGGCCGAGAGGAAAUCAUUUUUGAGAUCACAUCACUAGCUCAGGAAAAGCUGGAUGAGGUGCAAGCUAAGGCAAACAUGCAAUCACUUGAGGAUGACAGACUACAGCGAAUUGAAGAGGAGCGAAAACGACUGGAAGAAGAAGAAAUGAAACGUCAAGUUGACGUAGAAGUAGAGAGAAUGAAGGAACAAAAGUUGAUCGAUGAAAUCGUCAGGAAAGAAAUGGAGAAAAGGCACGAUGAUGAUUCAACUUUUCACCAUGAAAAUGCCAUCGAUCUCAAUCCCCCAACAGAUUGGGUUACUUCUGGCGAGGCAUACAUUUUCCCCAAAAUCGUGAGAGCGAAGCUCCCGAACAACUCAUUUUACAAUUUUAAAGCAGUUGUGAAUCCUAAAGAAAUAGAUCUGGGCGCAGACCUUUUAGGAUUUGCACGACAAGCCCUGGUUAAGCCUUACAUUCCGCCGGACUCGCCAUUAGCCAAUGCCCUGACGUCUUCUGACAUGAUGGUCAAUUUCUUCUACUUGCUCACAGAGGUUACGCUAGAUAAUCCUUACUUCAAUACAAGCAAUGGGAAGCGCGAAAUAUCCAACUUGGAGAAAGAACUAGAUUCCUUGACGCGAGUUACACAUGAUAAUGUCAAUAGACUUUUCGCUUUCGCUGUUGAAAGGGUAGGAAGAAGCAGUAGCAGCUAUGCUUGGAAAAUUAGAAUCUUGAGCGAGUACUCUACCAUGUUCUUAGUCGGUGAAAUUGUUGAAUCAGUUGGUUUUGUUAACUUAGCUACCGCUCGCGGCUGGGUACUACGAGUUAUUGAAGGCUUGGAGAGUCUUCACAAGCAUGGCGUGGUGCACAAAUAUGUCUCACCAAGGACAAUCAAUUUGGCAAAGGACGCAGACUUUGGAACUACUGUUCCAAAGUUAAUGCACGCAGGUUAUGGGUAUACCCUCGUAAACCUCCUAUCCAGUCACCCGAAUAAGAACGGUCCGAAACUUGAUUAUGUGGAACAGCCCUGGAAGGCACCCGAGCUAGUCAAGUUCAAUAACAGCAAACCUCAGCGCAAGACUGAUGUAUGGCAGCUUGGUGUCUUGUUUGUUCAAAUAAUCAACGGAAUGGACACAGUUGGGAACUUUUCCUCUCCGCAGGAAUUCUUGGAAAAUACCAAGAUGGAUGACAGUCUUGCAGACUUUCUGCAGAAGCUUUUAGAGCCCGAUAGCAAGAAACGUUUAGGCCCGCUUGAGUUAAUGCCUGUCAGGUUUCUUCGAACAAAUUUAGACCCUUCUGUUAACAAACUAGGUGCCUCGAAUCAAGGAUCAAACUUAUCGCUCGCCUUUAAUGUAAGAAGGAGUUCAAGAUCAAGCACAUCUUUACAGUAUCUCAACGAUGGAGUUAGAAGAAGAAGUUUUAACGUAAAGUCCCGGUAUCUUUCCACCAACCCUGCAUAUAGCUCAAGGUACGCCACUGACUUCGAGGAAGUUGCCUUACUAGGCAAAGGCGCGUUUGGGCAGGUGGUCAAAGCACGGAACGCUCUAGACAGCAGAUACUAUGCGAUAAAGAAAAUAAGGCAUACGGAAGAAAAGUUAUCAUCGAUACUGAGUGAAGUCAUGCUUCUGGCCAGUCUAAAUCAUCAAUAUGUCGUUCGUUAUUAUGCGGCCUGGUUAGAAGAAGAGCCGAAUGUGGAAGAGGUAAUUACAUCAAGUGAGGAAGACGACGACUCGGAGGACUCUGACUCAAAUCUCACACCUCGCUCGUCGACAAACAUAUUCAAAAGCAACGCACUCAGUCAAUCUGCAAAUGCUAAUGAUGGAUGGGACUUCUUUUCUAACUCACUCCAGAAUUCAAAUUAUCCUGAAAUCGUAUUUGCCAAUGAGUCCAGCGAAGCUGAAGACUGCUCUGAUGAGGAGGUCGAGGAAUCAUCAUCAGAAAGUUCUGUCACCGAUGACUCUGAUAUUAAUAGCAUUGAGUCCAUGAAAGAAGAUCAAAUCAAGGACAGCCGGCUUAGUGACUCCGUUUGCAAACAGGAAGGUCUCAAAACUAGAAGACGUCUAAGUCAAAUGGGCAGCAUUAAUGCAGAAAAGAAAGUUAGAAGUACACUUUACAUUCAAAUGGAAUACUGUGAAAAUCAGACCCUCUUCGAUUUAAUACACACGGAAAACCUGAGCUCUCAAAAGUCAGAGUACUGGCGGCUACUUCGUGAGAUAUUGGACGCGCUUGGUUAUAUUCACUCUAUGGGCAUUAUUCAUAGAGACCUGAAGCCCAUGAACAUUUUCAUAGAUGAAUCGAAGAACAUUAAGAUUGGCGAUUUUGGUUUGGCUAAGAAUGUUCAUAAAUCUGCUGACCUCCUGCGUGCUGAUGUACAAAUGAGUGCCGGAAGUACCGAAGAUCUCACUUCUGCUGUUGGAACCGCUUUAUACGUCGCAACUGAAGUUCUCAGCGGUAAGGGAGACUACAAUGAAAAGAUCGAUAUGUACUCCCUUGGUGUCAUUUUCUUCGAAAUGAUAUAUCCAUUCAGUACCGGGAUGGAAAGAGUAAAUGUCCUAAAAAUGCUGCGAACACCUGAAGUUGUAUUUCCCGCUGAUUUUGACGAGCAAAAACUGGCGGUUGAGAAGAAAAUCAUCAGACAAUUGCUCGACCACGACCCCAAAAAACGACCCAAUGCACAAACACUGCUUCGCAGUGGGUUGCUUCCAGUAAAACAUCAAGACGAGGUCGUAAUGGAUGCACUGAAAAACUUAGCAGACCCUUCAUCUCCUUGGCAACAACAAGUUCGGGAGAGUCUCUUUGCCCAGCCCUACAGUGUCACGAACGAUAUCCUUUUCGACAACAGUAAGCCAAGUUCCACUCCUUUCAAUCAGCUUCUAAAGUCACAAAUAAUGGAGGAGAUAAUCAAGAUAUUCAAAAGACACGGUGCAGUAGAAAAUAGCGAAACCUCAGUGAUUUUUCCGAAAGCGCCAAUCUAUUCGACCCAAAAUGUUUAUGAAGUUCUUGAUAAGGGCGGGUCCGUUUUACAGUUGCAAUACGAUCUGACAUAUCCUAUGGCACGAUUCGUUGCCAAAGGACCCAAUUGUGUCAGUAAGCAGUACCGCGUGCAACAUGUCUAUCGGCCUCCACUACAAACGCACACAAGCACAGAACCGCGGAGAUUUGUUGAGGUAGACUUUGAUAUAAUAUCUCAAUCUUCGGCAGAGACCGCGUUUUACGAUGCUGAAAGUUUAAAGGUCGUAGAUGAAAUCAUAAAACGACUUCCGAUAUUUGGUAAAAUCAACACAGUGUUCAGUGUAAAUCACGCUGACAUUUUGGAAAGCAUUUUUGGCUUCUGCGGCAUAGAUAAGGCACAGCAUUCGCUAGUAUCACACAUGCUUUCUCAAGUCGGCUUUGCAAAAUCGUUCAAAGAAGUGAAGAACGAAUUGAAGGCUGUCUUGAAUCUCUCAUCUACGUCACUAAAUGACUUGGAACUUUUCGAUUUCAGACUUGACUUCGAGAGCGCUAAAAAGCGAAUGCACAAAAUUAUGGUGGAUAGUUCAUACUUAACAAAAGUGGACGAAUCCUUGCAAUACAUAUCAAGGGUGCUUAGCUUUUUUAAGCCGCUAAAAGUAACAAGAAACACAUUACUUUGUCCCUUGAGCAACUACAAUUGGUCUUUCUACAGGGGAAACAUCAUGUUCCAGGCAGUUUAUGAUGACGAAAGAACCAGAAGUCUAAUUGCUGCAGGAGGUAGGUAUGACAAGUUGAUAUCGAUUAUUGCUAGGCCUUCUGGUGGUAACAUUAACAGUGUCCAAAGGGCCGUGGGGUUUAAUUUAGCCUGGGAAACUAUCCUGGUAGUGGCUCAAAACUACUUCAAGCUGGCUGCUGGAAAGAAAACCAAAAAAAGAAGUUCUUUCUUGAAGGAUUCAGAUUUGGAUUGGAAACCUACGCGCUGUAACGUCAUUGUGUCUAGUUUUUCCAACCAUAUCUUGGACACCAUCGGGGUGGAGAUUCUCAACCAAUUGUGGAAGGCAAAUAUCAGCGCAGAUUUUGUUCGUAACUGUUACACGGUUGAUGACGUUGUAUCGAUUGCUCAACGAGAUGGUGUCGACUGGAUAAUUUUCAUUAAACAGCAGAUGUACUCCACCUCUGCUCACAAGCGGAAAUACAAACCACUCAAGGUGAAGAAGCUAGAUGCGGAACUUGAUGUUGACCUCGAUUUCGACGAAUUUUUAUCUCUUUAUCAGCAAGAGACUGGGCCAAAAACCACAGCUGUUGAUCCCCUUCAGAUACACGAUGCGGGGCUGGCGUCAUUGGACGAAAAGAAAUGGGAAGAGGCUGCGAGCACUGAUGGAAGUCUUGAUGGAAGCAGCAAUGCUUCGUUGAAAGCUCAUGGUCAACAAAAAGUAGUUUACAUUCCUAACAUGGCUACGCGUGCAAAGAAGUCCAAUAAGAAAGAUAAAUGGAUCUACGAAGACUCUGCUAGAAGUGCCUCGCGCUCAAUCAUCACCAGUUUGUCGACAGCGCCCAUUUUUUCGGUCGACGCCAUAAGGGAAGAGACACUCGAAGUAAUUUCGGUGACUUCUUUGGCUCAAAAAGACGAAUGGCUUCGCAAGGUUUUCGGUUCUGGCCAAAACUCUGCCCCGCGCAGCUUCGCCACCAGCAUCUACAAUAGCUUGUCUAAGGAAGCAUCUAAAGGUGGUAAGUGGGCCAUUGUUCAUUGCAACAAAACGGGAAAAUCCUGUGUUGUUGAUCUACAACGUUGA